UCUUUGUAUCGUAUCGUACGCAUAUCGUAUUGGCACAAACAAACCAAAGUAGAUUGUGGGAGUAACCGGGGCCCAGCAGCAAGACAGCAACUGAGGUCGAGUGAUAAAACGAAAGACAGUUCUGGUGUUAGAUUGUGAAGUCCUGAGAGAGAAAAAAGGCAACAGAAAUUGUGGGAGAUGGAGAUUGAGGAGGACGAACUCCGUCGGCGGAAGCUUGAAGAGGCCCUUGAAGUCAAAUCUCUUAGGCGCAUCCUCAGUGCAUACCUCAAGUAUGUAUAACAUCUAUCCAGAUGCCGCUGAGGAGGAUGUAAAAAGAUAUGAACGAUCUUUUAGAAGGCUUCCACCUGCCCAUAAGGCUCUUCUGUCCCACCUCCCAUCGAAAUUUCAGAGACUUAGAUGGUGUAUUUCAAAAAAUUCUAUUUUCAUAUUUAACAUGCUUCAGGUGUUUGAGCCUCCUCUUGAUAUGAGUCAGGACAUCGAUAGUUGUGAACAACACAAUUUGAAGAAUGUCCAGGACCAUCAUCUUUUCUCUGAUGAAAGAGAAGUGCUCUCUUGUCAGUCUGCCUCAACAAGUGGACAAGUAUCUUUGCUGAAAUCUGAUGAAGUUAGUUGUGGUGAAGGAAGCAAUUUAACAUGCAGAUCACCUGAUUUGGUGAAUGUGAAUCAGUCAAAUGGAUAUGAUGGUGGAAGUUCAGGCUCCCAUUGUAAAGAAGAUGUGGAUAAAAGUGGGGGCAACAAUGUUAAGAAUGUAAGCAACCAAGCAACAAUGUGUUCCAUUUCGGAUUCCAAUGGGAAUUUUCAGGUAUAUUCAUCACCUCCUGAUUGGUUAGAUCCAUCAUUGCAGUUGCACGUUCCCCUAGUUGAUGUGGAUAAGGUUCGAUGCAUUAUCAGGAAUAUUGUAAGGGAUUGGGCAGCUGAGGGGCAGAGGGAACGUGAUCAGUGCUACAAGCCUAUUCUUGAAGAGCUUGAAAUUCAAUUUCCCAAUCGCAGGAAGGAUAGCCCUCCCACCUGUUUAGUUCCUGGUGCUGGACUUGGUAGGCUGGCAUUGGAUAUUUCAUGUUUAGGUUUUAUAAGUCAGGGAAAUGAAUUUUCUUACUACAUGAUGAUUUGCUCAAGUUUUAUUCUUAACCACACUGAGACUGCGGAGCAGUGGACGAUAUAUCCUUGGAUUCACAGCAAUUGCAAUUCACUUUCGGACAGUGACCAGCUUCGUCCAGUUUCAAUUCCUGAUAUUCAUCCAGCUAGUGCAGGGAUCACUGAAGGCUUUUCUAUGUGUGGUGGUGACUUUGUUGAAGUCUACAGCGAUCCAAGCCAAGUAGGAGUUUGGGAUGCAGUGGUUACGUGUUUCUUCCUUGAUACAGCACAUAACAUCGUUGAAUACAUUGAAAUCAUUUCAAGAAUUCUCAAAGCGGGGGGAGUCUGGAUAAACUUGGGGCCUCUACUUUAUCACUUUGCGGAUGUGUAUAGUCAAGAGGAUGAGAUGUCUAUUGAGCUAAGUUUGGAAGAUGUAAAAAGGGUUGCUUUCCAAUAUGGGUUUCAGUUAGAGAAAGAGAGGACCAUUGAGACGACCUAUACUACAAACCCGCUCUCAAUGAUGCAAAACCGAUAUUACGCAGCAUUUUGGACAAUGAGAAAGAAACCAAUGGCAACGGUGAAGCAGCAAGGGACAUCAUGAAUUCUCACAUUCCAUUGCACAAUCAAACUACAGCAUUUUUCAGGAUCAUUGUCCUAAAAGGAACUUGAUAGGAAUAUUGAAAGUUAAUCAUUGUUUCCUUAAAGUUAUCGAUAUCAUUUAUCGUUUCCCCACACCUUGAGGUGGUUUGAACAUUUAUCAACUAGGAUAUCAAGUGAAUCCGUUAAACACGUGCUCUUUAGAUUGCAAUCUGUUGAAGGUGAAUGAUAGAUAAGUACUCACAUACAUCUACAUAUGUGCUAUGUAACUUCUUUUAAGGAUUUGGUGUUGAGGCCAUUGCAUUGGAUGUUAUCUGCAUCCUAUUACCGGAUAUUAUCACCAU